GCAUCCGUUAAGUGUGUUUUCGCGGGUGAAGAAUUUUCCUUAACCUGCGUGUUUAUCGUAUGUUAUAUCUCGCAAAAGUUGUACACACGGUUAUCUCUUAUCGCUGGUCCAGAUGUUUAAGUUUUGCUUUUAUACAAAUAUCUCCGACAGAGCCUUUUGAGAAGCAUGUCUCUGCUGUCUGCGGUUCAGGACGCUAUCGAGACAUAUAAGGUCGAACAAGCCAAACUAAACCGCAGCAUUCAACUUUUCAAGGAAAUCUUAAACAGCCUGACACCACAAGCAGAGGAAGGCACUGAAGUAACACAUACAAAAGAAGAUGCUGCUGCAGAUGCAGAGUCCUCAAAAGCAGAGAGCGAAGAUAUAGAGCUGCUUGAACGAGCACUGGAAAAAGCCCUCCGGGUCCGGACCUUCUCAGAGGUGUCUAAACAAAACUGCAGCAGAAGCAAGCUAUCUGCACAAGAAACAGAAAACAAGCUAUCUGCACAAGAAACAGAAAACAUACCGGCUCUAACCGCAGUGACUAAAGAUGUUCAACCAACCAUCAAGUCAAUCAAAAAACCUGUCAGCCUUCAUAGGAAAAGGGACAAAAAGUCUAAUGUGUCACUUAGCUCAAAGCCUUCAGCGGUUCAAAAACCAGAACAGUCCAAGAACCCAAUCCAGCGCCAUCCCUGCUUAGAGGCUGGGGCUGGAAAUCACCAGGCUGCUAGGAGAUUGCAGCAGGCUGUAUUGGCAGGAUCUGCCUCCCCUGAUCAGAUGACAGCCUUGCAGCCUAAAAACAAGGCAGUCAGAAGCAAUCUGCAAAGAGACAAUGCCCAGAGCAAAGCCGUGCCUUCUUCAGUUAAUACAGUGUUCUUUUCAGGGACAGAUGGGUCUGGUGUUGACACUUUGCAUCAACAGAGUGGGGGACUUUCUGUACAAACUACAAAAUGGAAAUCGUUGAGGAGAAAACAAAACAGAUUGUGGGAGAAAGUGAUGACCCUACAGACGAAGCCUGAUCCUGGGAGGAGUCACUUCAUGCAGAGAAUGAGGGCUACGUUUCCUGACGAUUGGCCGUGUGGCAGUCCGGAUGAGACCAGGUUUCUACUCCACAGCAUAACUGACCAAGGACUCAGCCUAGCACAGCUCUAUCGGACCGAGGAGAUUCUCAUCAAGCAGCCACUAGAAACGGAGGCUGAGCUCCUGGGUGAGGAGCAGAGCAAGUCCCCUUCCUGUCCUACAAUUGAGCAGCUGCAGCUGACAGCAGCAAAACUCCACCUUUCUGCAGAUAAAGUGAAACAAGAGUGGAAAGCAUGGGAUCGAUGGAGGCCAGAAGGAGGCUGUCUUUGCCCGUCUGAGACAACUGGUGGGUUCAGAGAUGGGUCCUCUUCACCUCUGCCCAUCACCAUAACUUACAGAACGGAGCAGGAGCUCCAGCAGCUGGAAAGGCUGCGGAUGAGAGUGGCACUGCUGCAACAAGAGAUCUACCUUGAACAGGUGCUGUUGGACACUGUAUCCCCUCAUCUUUCUUCCAUCAGACCUGGACCUGGAUGUCCAAGCCCCAAUGUGCUCAGAGACUUAUACUCCCUGCUUGGUGAAGGAGGGCAGCGUUUCACUGCUAUUGUUCAGGACUCUGAGCAUGAAUGAUUCCUGAAAUUGUACCACUGGGAAUAAACAGUCAAAAGCUUAGCAACAGAAAAACUUACACAAGGAAUCAACAGCAGUGCAAUGAAAGCAGAAGAGUCACUCUAAUUAUUAGAAGAUCAAUUAAACCAAUUAAAAUGGGAGUAAAUCGUAUUAAAAUAUCCUUUGAAGUUUCCCUGGUGAACGAAAGUGCCUGAGCUCUUAUUGAUGAGCUUUCUGUUACGCAUCAGUGCUACACCUCUCCUCUGAUCAUUCAACAGAUAACCUAGAGAUGAAAGCAGGGUCCAGUUUCUUUUAAUGUGUCUGUAAGAGUUUAACUUCUUUCCUAAAGCAGAAACUACAAGACAUG